AUGUGUUCGUGGAUCGGUUCUGCUCGCCGGUUCUUCUCAACAUCCUCUUUCAAAUUUCAGGGUCUUGAUGCCUGGAUAGCGUCCCCAAAAUCACUUGUACUCACCGACACUUUUCAUUCCAAUCACCUUUCAGACCUUUACAUUACUCUGCCCACUCGCGACGGCACCCGUGGCCCUUUUGCACCCCCUGCAGAAGGUACACCUCUCGCAUAUGGACACCAUCUUGCCUUCUUCCACCCGCGCAAUCCUGAGGCCUUACUUCGCACCGAUGGGACCGACGCAGACUUCUGUCCUCCUGAACCAUUCACACGCCGCAUGUGGGCGGGCGGUACCAUGACCUGGAACAAGGGUGCAGAGUUGAAGGUGGGAGAGAAAGCCACUGCAGUGUCUACUGUGUCCAAGGUCGAAAAGAAAGGAUUUGAGGUUGGAAAACCGAUGAUAUUCGUCAAACAGAGAAUUGAGGUGACUGUGCAAGGACGAAACGAGCCCGGGAUGGUGGAGGAACGAUCACAUGUCUACCAAGCAUCUGUAGCUAGCACAGGGAGUCGUGUACCCCUGAAUGAUCUUCCCAAGUCUGAGUUUUCGUUCUCGUAUACCCCGAGCCUGACGACGCUAUUCCGUUUUUCUGCUCUCACAUUCAAUGGACACCAUAUACACUUGGAUAAGGAUUAUGCGCAGAAAGUUGAGGGAUACCCAGAAAGACUCGUCCAUGGGCCCCUGACGGCCCUUAUGCUUCUAGAGAGUCUCAUUUACUACCGCCCAGGGGCUCAGCUGCGCAACUUCACCUAUCGCGCACACAAUCCAAUUUUUGUGAAUUCUGCCGCAACGAUACAUGGUGCCAUUGUGGCGAAGGACAAAGCGGAGUUGUGGUGCGAAAACGACGAAGGGGUUGUUGGCAUGACUGGCGUUGUUCAGUUUGACGAAUAG